AUGACAGCAGCCUCGAUACAUUAUUUAUCCUGUCCAACCUUUUUUUUUUCUUACCUCUACAUCGCCCCUUUCAUAAUCUAUCUAUCUAUCUAUCUAUCUAUCUAUCUAUCUAUCUAUCUAUCUAAGCGUGUUCAUUAUCUAUCUAUCCAUCUAUCUAUCUAUCUGAACCGUGUUCAUUAUCUAUCUAUCCAUCUAUCUAUCUAUCUGAACGUGUUCAUUAUCUAUCUAUCUAUCACAAUCUGUUCAUAUCUAUCUAUCUAUCUAUCACAAUCUGUUCAUAUCUAUCUAUCUAUCCAUCUAUCUACCUAUCUAUCUGAACCGUGUUCAUUAUCUAUAUAUCCAUCUAUCUAUCUAUCUGAACGUGUUCAUUAUCUAUCUAUCUAUCUAUCUAUCUAUCUAUCUAUCUAUCUAUCUGAGCGUGUUCAUUAUCUAUAUAUCCAUCUAUCUAUCUAUCUGAACGUGUUCAUUAUCUAUCUAUCUAUCUAUCUGAACGUGUUCAUUAUCUAUCUAUCUAUCUAUCUAUCUAUCUAUCUAUCUAUCUGA